AUGAAAGAAACUAAAAAGAAUAUACGCAAAAGGUAAAUAAAUAAUUAAACAAUUUAUUAUAUUAUUAAAUGUAUUCUUUUUCUUAUAUUUUUAAUAUUAACUAAUUAGAUUCAAAAAUCUCUAAAUUAAUUACACUUGAGAAUCGUCACAAGUAAAGAAAAAAUACCUCAAAACUUCGAAAAACUCUAAUAUGAAGAGGAAUUGAUCGAAGAAUAUUUUUAAAACUACAAGGACAUAUCUAAUAUAAAAAUGAAAUAUAUGAAAAAAUUAAUGCAGCAUCCUUAAAAGCUUGUAAACAUAUUUUAAGAAGGCUACGAUGAAAACUUAACUGAGUCUACAAGCUCAUAACAAUCUAACAAAUCUAUGAUAAAAGAACCAUUCAACACAAAUAUAUUAAGCUUAAAUAUUUAAGAUAGCUACAAUCAAAACAAUCUCAUGAGAAUAUAGGCAUUGAAAAACUGA